UGUCAACCGUAUUGGACGCCGUCAGUUUAUUGUGAAGAGACAUUUGGAGGGAAAAUCAAGCAGUUCUUGUCUUGUCCUGUGCGGUACAAUUUACCAAAAUGAGUGCUUCAUCGACAGCCAUCAUAAUACCCGAGGAUUCGUCGGCGGAACAAGAGGAAAUCAAGAAAUCAUCUCGUAUGAUGCUAAAAGAACGAGACUUUAACACACUGAAGGAAAACAUGCAACACGGAAGUUUUCCUGCUAACGCAAGGUCCAUCUUAAAGGGACCUUCAGAACCUAAACGGUCGAAAAUGGUGGCCUCCAAAUCGACACAAACUGCCAGUCAAGCCGAGAUGGACAUCACAGCCGAAAACCCCAGCGAGAAUUACUGGAUGUCUGUAGCGGAGCAGCGACGAAUAGCACUAGGAGAAGCGUUGGCUGAAAACGCAGAUCUUCACAUCACUGUAUCUAGAUUGCAAAGUGUUCUAGAAAAAACCAACACCCUUAACAGAGAGCUGCAAGAGGCUAUUGACACGCUCACGGAGUUGCUAACGGACGAUGAAGUUAAACGAGGUGAAUCGGAUCCAGUGGAUGAUAGUGGUGUUGUCCAAGGCAAUGAUUCAUGCUUCGAGCAUUAGCUUAUUAAUAUUUUUCCAUUCUCAAUUACUUUGUUACCAUCAUCAUCUUACGAUAUUCAGUUUCAUUCAAACAAAAGAACUUUGCUGUUAGCGCGUUUCCUAGCGAACUAGUUAUAUCAAAGCGGUCUGGAUUUGAACUCCCAUCAACAAUCAUAUUUGAUGCUCUUUGCUUUGCAAAGUUUGCAAAUUGAAAUGAGCAUUACUUCUAUUGCUACAUUCUAUAUUUCUUGAUUUGAUAUAAUAAAUAAUUGAUUGUUUUUCAAAUAUA